AUGGACAGCCUCCUACGCCGCUCCGGCAUAAAGAUCAACUACCUCGCGUGGCUGACCAUCACGAUCUACGUCAACGUCGACUGCGAGUACGAGGAGCCCAACUUGAUUAGCAACUUGACUGAAGCUGUACCACGACGAAUGCAACCGCAGCAUGCACUAGGUCCAAACUCCGGGGCACGGUCGUCUUCUGCCAGAGGACGUGGUGUGGAAGCCGUCAAUGAGGAUGGCCAUGAAGAUGCCGCCGUUCGCAAGCGGCCGGAGAAUCUCAGGUAG